UCUUUUAAGAGGCAAAGAGAAGUGUGUGUCUAGUUUGAGGAAUGUUCUAAUUCUCUGAGAGCGCACACCGUGUAGGAUUCUUCUUCAUCAUUGUCAAUUUUGUGUGUGGGGCGAGCGAGAGAGAGAGAGAGAGAGAGGAAAAUAAUAGAGAAAAGCGGCUGAUUUUCUCGUGUGUGUUGGCGAGCCAUUUUUAGCUGGAAAGAAGGGAGAACAAAUCAAUUCUACUCUCACAUUUUCACGGGGGCGCAACGCAUCUCUGGUUUAUCAUCAAUUCACAGUUUCUCUCGAAUUCCCCUCCCGUAAUUUUUCAAGGAAGAGGCAAAGCAGAGUUUCACCGGGUUUUUAAGGACAUAACAGGCACCACACAGCAAAAUGUCGUCUGUUGACAAGGAGGAACUGGUUCAAAAGGCAAAAUUGGCCGAACAGUCGGAAAGGUACGACGAUAUGGCACAAGCCAUGAAGUCUGUGACAGAAACAGGAGUUGAACUGUCGAAUGAGGAGCGAAACCUGUUAUCGGUGGCAUACAAAAACGUUGUUGGAGCUCGCAGGUCAUCUUGGAGGGUGAUUUCCUCAAUUGAACAAAAGACGGAACCUUCCUCCAAAAAACAACAGCUCGCCAGAGAAUACAGAGAGCGCGUUGAAAAGGAACUUAGGGAAAUUUGCUAUGAAGUUCUGGGUUUGCUCGAUAAAUAUUUAAUACCCAAGGCCAGCAAUCCCGAAAGCAAAGUCUUUUAUCUGAAAAUGAAGGGAGAUUACUACAGAUAUUUGGCUGAGGUUGCCACUGGAGACACUCGCAACAGUGUAGUAGAUGACUCCCAAGCUGCGUACCAGGAUGCCUUCGAAAUUAGUAAGGGCAAAAUGCAGCCAACACAUCCCAUCCGAUUGGGUCUCGCACUCAAUUUCUCAGUCUUCUAUUACGAGAUUCUAAAUUCUCCGGAUAAGGCUUGCCAGCUGGCCAAACAGGCAUUCGAUGACGCGAUAGCGGAAUUGGACACACUCAAUGAGGACUCGUAUAAGGACUCAACGCUGAUCAUGCAGCUCCUGCGAGACAACCUCACGCUGUGGACGUCAGAUACGCAAGGGGAUGGCGAUGAAGUUCAUGAGGGCGGUGGUGAUAAUUAACCAAACAACAGUGAGGAAGACAAGAAGAAGGAAGAAGAGAAAUCACACAACAUCAACAAAGAUUGAGAGGGAGAAAUUUUUAAAAAUUGCAGUAAAACAUGCUUUUCAAGUGAAAGAGAGAAAGAAAGGAAGUUUGAGGAUGGAGAAGAAGAAGAGGCGUGAAAUUAUCUGAAAAGAGUUUUUCAUUUUGAAAGAAAGGAGAAGAAAAAAAACACCGUGAAUUAAGAAAGUAUGAAUAAUGUCACCCAAGAAAACACACACACGCCGUCAUUUGAACAAGAUGAUAAUGAAAUGAAACCCAGUUUUAGAGGAAGAGGAGGAGGAGGAAGAUGAAGUUGAGGAGCAAAAGAAGCAUAAGAUUUUUGUGAACAUCAAAAAAAGAAGCAGAUGAAGUAAAAAACAAGAUUGCAUUAAUAUUCACCACCUUUUCAGAGAAAGAAGAUGAAAGAGAACUUUUUGUUUACUUUUUUAAAUGAAUAAUAAUAGUGAAAAUUUUUCGAAGAGGAUUUGAGAAGGAGAAGAAGAGGCAUUAAAGAGGGUGGAAAAAUGAUGGGAAAAAGUAAUGUGUAAUAUUUGUAAGACAUCUGUGUAACCCCUUAUAAUCCUGUUUCACACAAAAACACACACACAAGAGAGAAAUCAAGAAUACUUUCAGGAGGACAUCCUCAGUGACAGAUUAAAAGGAUGGAAAACAAAUAAGAAAAUAAAAUA